AUUCAUUUUCUGUCGAGAUUUCGUUUGUGCGGUGCUUUAUUUCUAUCUUUCUUUUAAUAUUCCGUACACAUGUCCAUUUGCAGGGAAAGUUUGUUGAAAGCACUCUUCACAAUAGCCUAUCUGAAAUGGAAAAGAAUGAUGAUGCAGCUUCCCCAUACGCAGCAUGCCGCCAUAUUAAACGGACACAACCGGACAUCUCCGUUGACGAAGCAAUAGUAAAGACCUUCUCCAACGACUUUAGAGUACUACCCUUAUUCGAAAAGAAGCUAUUUGACUACACGCGCGUGCGCCACUACUCUCUGCGACGCAACCGUUUGUUAGGGUGCCGCUGGCGGCGGUAUAUCGACACCAAUAUGGGCCGAGAGCGGAACCCCUUCCAGUUUCCCAAAGUCGACGACUUCCACUUCUACAACUACCACAAUCGGUACGCGCCAUCGCAAUCGAUUUGCAAAAUCGCUCGCCACCACCGACAACUCGCGCCGGGUCCCGGGGUCGACAAAUACGGGCAAAUGCCCAUCCCUGACGACAUGCAUUUGCGCAAAACCGUCGGCAUUGCCAAGAAGUGGGUCUAGUCGGCCAUUUUGUUAACCGCCAUCUUGUGAAGCCCGCGAUUUCGAAUAGGUUUUUA